CCUAGCUGGUUGGCAGAUCGGAUUUUGUGUCUAUUAUAAAUUAUCCAUCAUACUGCAUGUAAAAAAGAAAAGGACAUAGCGCCGAUGAAAACUACAAGAUUUCAAGCACGCUAAAGUCUACUAUGCAUCAUAAAAACCACCAAACCGAAAUGCUUGUGCUUCACAAAAACACUAAACACUGCUGUAACAAAUGAAUAAUCGCUCAAGUUAAUAGUUAAUCUAUAUUUCAGUUAGUCUACAUAAAUAUAUUUCAGUGCAUUAUCCAGAAAACUAUGACAAUCUCACAACAAUUCCGAGUGAGAUGAGUUGAAAUAGAUAAUUUUUACUAUCCACUGUGAUUAUCAUAAUGCUGGAUAAAUACACGAAUCUACUAUUGCCAUGCAGUCUGGGAUUGAUAUGGAUUUGGCUGACUGAUUCAACGGAUGCCUUAAUGAACUACACGGCAAAACCACGCGUAGUUCUUCCACCUAAUUAUGUCAAGGAAAUGAGACCACCUUCAAAGAAAGGCUCUCCAGUGAUAGUAGACUUUAGCAUAUUUGUAGUAGAUAUUAACUCAAUCAAUGUAGAGGAUAUGGACUUUAGGGUAGACAUGUUUAUACAUCAGCGUUGGCUUGAAUCAAGACUCGAGGUGUCCGAUGAUAUAUUCGAAGAGGGUGACGAUUAUGUGACAUUACUUCCAGAAUUCUUCGACAAUCUCUGGCAACCAGAUCCGUAUUUUUUGAACUCGAAAAUCGCCGAGAUAGCAACAUUAACGCACAAAUUUACUUCGGUAACAUUGUACAAAAACAAAACGGUACGUUAUGCGGCGCGUAUGCAUGCGAUCAUCGCCUGUCAAAUGGAAUUCCAACUCUAUCCGAUGGAUAUACAGGUGUGCCCCAUUUACAUUGAAAGUUUCUCUUCGAAUAACAAAAAAGUGAAGUUACGUUGGUCCGAUUCUGGCGUCACUUUGAAUCCCGAACUCAAAUUGCUGCAAUACAAUCUCGGCCAACCGCUCGAGCUUGAGGAGAGUGAUGGUUAUAUGCCCGAGAAGGUGGGCAAUUUUUCGCGGCUAACUGUGUAUUUCCGAUUUGAACGACAAAUCGGUCAUCAUCUCAUACAAACGUUUGCGCCGUCAUCGCUUGUUGUGAUGUUGUCAUGGUUUAGUUUUUGGCUGGGACUCGAUGCGAUACCUGGUCGUGUGACGUUGUUAGUCACAUGUAUGCUAACGUUAGUUACUAUGUUCACCGGCCUGAGAGCAGAUAUUCCGCCAGUGGCCUAUGUUAAGGCACUUGAUCUAUGGAUGGCCGGCUGCAUGGUAUCCGUGUUUGCGGCAUUAGCGGAAUUUGUUGUUGUCAAAGUGCUAGAUGUGCAAUAUCAAUAUCAAGUUAACAAAGUACCUAAAGUAUUGCCCAUGCGUAUUAGCAACAUGGAAAAGGGGCAAUGUCCAACGGUGGCUAGCUGGGAGGGCGGUGCAGUGCGUUCACGUAAAUCAACACAAACACCAACAACGCCGGGACAGACAUCACUGCAAGGCAACGGUGGCCCACCGAAGCCAGCGCGACGCCAAAGUCUAUUGUCGGUAGCCUGGACCGAUACCGACACGGGCGUAGAGAAAAUAAUGUGGCGCGAAAUCGACAAGGUGUCACGGGCUGUUUUCCCCAUUUUGUUCUUCGUCUUCGUGCUACUCUAUUGGCCGAUAUUGCUGAUGAAAUCAUCCUAGGAUUUAAGGAGUUCCAGAAUACCAAGUUCUGGACUCCGCUAAAGACAGAUAUGCCUAUAUAUGUAUGCCUGAAUGUAUGUACAUAUGUAUGUAUUGAAUGUCUGUGCACAGGCAAAUUACAAGAAAGGAAAAAUAUUGAACGUUUAUUUUUUGAUUUCGAACAGUACGAAGUACAGAAAGACAUCGUAAGCGCUAAACCAAAGUAGCUAGUAUUUGUGCUAUAAACAUGAAAAAUUAAAAAAAAAAAAACCUUAAACAAAAAAAUGCCUAAUUUAAUUGAAAAAUGUAUAAAAAAGCGCUACUUACAUAAUUUGUAAUUAUAUAGACAAUUGCCUUUACUAGUGCUUCUAAAAGUGGGGUUAUUGGAAAAUAGAUUACCUAGAGUGAAAUAAAUAUUUUGCGUAAUUGUAGCCGCGUUUUAUCUUUUUUACGUAUGCUGGUAUAAGAAAUUGUAUUAUAUUUAAGAAUCUAGAUAAAUAUGUAAAAUAACAGCGCUUUGA